ACAGAGCUCGGCCAAAACAGGGGUUUGCAGCUGCGGAGGCUCGGUGGGCAGGCAUCCCGGGCCCGGAGCCGGGCGGAGCGCCGGGGUGGGGGUGGGGGGGGGCCCUGACCCGACACCCGUCACCAUCGCCGCAUCUCCGGAUGCUCUCCCGGCCGGCCAUGCUGCUGGGCGGCCUCCUCCUCCUCGCCGCGGCCGCCGUGACUGUGGCCCAGCGGAGGGGGCAGGAGGCGGCCGGGCGCCGCCGGGCGCACCGCGUCCAGCACGGCCAGUGCAGCUACACCUUCGUGCUGCCCGAGCCUGAACCCUGCCCACCCGAACCCGAGGCCUUCGGGGGCUCCAACAGCCUCCAGAGGGACUCGCCCGCUGCCGCUGCACUGAACCUAGGGGACUGGCCGGCCCAGCGAGUGCGACAGCUGGAGAAGGUGCUGGAGAACAACACGCAGUGGCUGCAGAAGCUAGAAAGGUACAUCCAGAUGAACUUGAGGUCAGAGCUGGCACAGGUCCAACAGCACAUGGUCCAGAACCAGACGGCCACCAUGCUGGAGCUAGGCACCAGCCUCUUGAACCAGACCACGGCCCAGACCCGCAAGCUGACUGAUGUGGAGGCUCAGGUCCUGAACCAGACGUCACGCAUGGAGAUCCAGCUCCUGGAGACUUCGCUGUCCACCAACAAGCUGGAGAAACAGCUGCUACUGCAGGGUCACGAGCUGCACCGGCUGCAGGGCCGCAACAACGCGCUGGAGACGAGGGUGCAGGCCCUGGAGACGCAACAGCAGGCGGAGCUGGCUUCUCUCCGCGGCGAGAAGGAGCGGCUGCGGCGGCUGCUGGGCCGCCAGAGCGGCGCCCUCGCGGGCCUGGAGCGCAGCCUGCGCGCCGCCAGCAGCAACUCCAGCCUCCUGCAGCGCCAACAGCGCCAACUGCUGGAGUCCGUGCAGCGCCUGGUGCGCGUCGUGGCCCAGGGCCCGGCCUCCGUGAGGGCAGCUGAGCAGGUGUUCCAGGACUGUGCAGAGAUCCAACGCUUCGGGGCCAACGCCAGUGGCGUCUACACCAUCCACGUGGCCAAUAUGACGGAGCCCAGGAAGGUGUUCUGUGACAUGGAGGCCAAUGGAGGCGGGUGGACUCUCAUCCAGCGCCGUGAGAAUGGCAGUGUGAAUUUCCAGCGGAACUGGAGAGAUUACAAACAGGGCUUCGGCGACCCGGCAGGGGAGCACUGGCUGGGCAAUGAGGUGAUGCACCGGCUCACCGGCCGGACAGCCUACUCCCUGCGUGUGGAGCUGCAAGACUGGGAAGGCAACGAGGCCUAUGCUCAGUAUGAGCAUUUCCAGCUGGGCAGCGAGGGGCAGCUGUACAGGCUUUCUCUGAGCGGAUACAGCGGCUCAGCAGGGCGCCAGAGCAGCCUGGUCCUGCAAGGCACCAACUUCAGCACCCGUGAUGCAGACAAUGACAACUGCCUCUGCAAGUGUGCCCAGAUGCUGUCUGGAGGAUGGUGGUUUGAUGCCUGCGGCCUCUCAAAUCUCAAUGGUAUCUACUACGCGGCUCACCAUCACGUGCGCAAGCUCAACGGCAUCCGCUGGCACUACUUUCAAGGCCCCAGCUACUCGCUGCGGGCCACCCGCAUGAUGGUGCGUCCCGUGGGCGUCUAAUAAGCAGCGACACCCGGACGCUGGACCCACAGGAAGAGCCGGGACUCGGUAUUCCCUGAACGAGCUGGAUCCAAACACGGGACACAGUGCCAGGGUAUGGUCCUGGACACCCGGGCCCCCCCCCCCGGGCCAGGCCUCCUUGCCCAGGAGUCCAGAGGAUCUGCUGCCUCCCUGUUCCCCUCAAGUUGUGACACGGUGGGUGGCGGCGGGGUGGGGGGGGGUGGGGGGGAUCUGACUCUAUAGUACCCCUCUUUCCUCUUCCCUUCUGUCUCCAGCAGGGGUCCCCUGCCAGCUUGAGGGUCACAAUACCCUGAAUGAGCGGAGAGCAAACUUAACUUAGGUCCUCAAAGAAAUAUACAAGCACAGUCCACUUCUCCCAGGCCCCAGCAUCUGAAGGCCAGACCUGGCCUCUCGGGGGCUUCAGAAGAUCUAAGGGGCAUUCCUUUACCGCCAGCAUGUCCUCGAAUAUGUUCCAAAGAGAAUAUCUCAGGCGCCCCUCAAAAAGUACCUGGGGUCAAGGGAGGGAGGGAAACACCCAGUUAAAUCAACGUGAACAGGCAUGCUUAGCUGCAGGACCCGUCAGGGCCUUUAAUGUGGUCACAUGCCUUUUGACAGCCUGUGAAGGAGUUAGCAUGGGCAGCUUUCUCCAAAUGUCCUUAUUUGAAAACAGGCCCUGUUGAUCCCAGA